CCCUCUCUCUUUGUUAAUUUUAGCAGACCAGUAGCUGUGAGUAAGACGUGUAUGUAAUGUUAGAGGGAAGCACCGACGGAUCAUCCGUGUCUUCAGUGCUGCCUAAUGGUGUGAAACUCGACUAAAUCCAGGAAGUGAGUGAGGGAACGGCUUCCUUUUCAGAGGCCGUGCGCAGAUUAUCUUUUGAUAUCGAAGCUGAGAUUAGAAACGUUCCCUUCAUGCUUAGUGACAGUUUGAUGACCCUUGACACUGAGGUGCAGACAACAAUGGAUCAAUCUGAUUACAGUUCCGAUGGAGGACUGCACGUUACGCUGACACUCCGACUGCUUAUGCAUGGCAAGGAGGUUGGCAGCAUCAUUGGAAAGAAAGGUGACACGAUAAAGAGAAUGCGGGAGGAGAGCAGUGCCCGUAUCAAUGUAUCUGAAGGUUCAUGCCCUGAACGCAUCAUCACGAUCACCGGUUCAAUGGAGGCUGUCUUCAAAGCGUUCACAAUGAUCACAGGCAAACUCGAGGAGGAUCUCACUACAUCCAGCAUGAGUGAUGUUGCGAGGAGCAAGCCCCCCGUUACACUACGCCUGGUGAUUCCUGCCAGUCAGUGCGGCUCACUGAUAGGGAAAGGAGGCUCAAAGAUUAAGGAGAUCCGAGAGUCUACUGGAGCUCAGGUCCAGGUAGCUGGAGACUUGCUGCCAAACUCGACCGAGCGUGCAGUAACCAUCUCUGGAACCCAGGAUGCCAUCAUUCAUUGCAUCAGGCAGAUCUGUGCAGUCAUUCUGGAGUCUCCACCCAAAGGCGCCACCAUUCCUUACCGUCCCAGCCUUGGGCCUGGACCUGUUGUAUUCUCUGGUGGACAGGCCUACACCGUCCAGGGGCAGUUUGCAGUCCCUCAUCCAGAUCUAUCCAAACUUCACCAGCUGGCUGCGCAGCAUGCUUCCUUCAACACAGUCAGCCAGUCCUCCUCCUCCUCCUCAUUUGCUGGAUUGGACAGCAGUGGUCAGACUACAUCUCAGGAGCUUCUGAUUCCGAAUGAUUUAAUAGGCUGCAUCAUCGGGAGGCAGGGCAGUAAAAUUAAUGAAAUCCGGCAGAUGUCAGGUGCUCAAAUCAAGAUUGACAAUCAGGUCGAUGGUUCGACCGAGCGACUCGUUACAAUCACGGGGGGUCCCCUGAACAUCAACUUGGCCCAGUACCUCAUAAACGCAUGUUUAGAGAUGGCUAAAACCACCUCCCAGAAUGCUUCCAUCACGACCCCAGUUGACCUCAACAUGACCUUCUCUCAGCCUACCAACCCUGCCUCUUCCCCACUGGCAUCGAUGAGCUCCACCCUCCCAUCCUCUCUGCUGAAUACCCCCUAUGCCAUUCCCAUCUCCAGCCUCCUUGGCAUGAAAAGCGUUCCCUUCCUGGCACUGUCUGCGGCCACCUCGGGGCCUUCUGGGAGCCUAUCAGCUUAUACGGCCAAAAUCUCCUCAUCCAAUGGGGUUAAGAAGUCUGAGCGACAGAAGUUCUCUCCGUAUUGAAAGGAUGAUGCAGCUGCCCAGACCCUGUGUAGAACUAGUGAGGUAACAAGUGACGGGAAGGAGUCAUUGGGAGUUUCAUUCAGAUUUGUGAAUUUUGUUGUUUAGGAGGUCUGUUUUCGUACAAGUCCGUACCUGCAGAUUGACCCCCCCCCCCCCCCACCCCCCUCAAAGUGGCUGAAUAGCCUUUACCUGAUUCCCUCAGCAUUCAAAAAAAAAGAAAAUCAACAUUCUAAGAGCUGGCAGAAUUUGACAAUUUAAUUUUCCGGUUGGUUAACGGAGUUUGAGACAGUGGCUCAGUGGGUGAGUGCAUGACCUUUGUUUAACUGUGCUACCUGGCCCAAGAAGACCUUGAAGGUGAUCACAAGUAAGGUGACAAUUGGCCUCAGUGCUCCUGGGGUGAAAUUCAGCCUCUGUUCCCACUCCUGAUUGUCAGUGACCCCUGCUGGAAAGAGAGAGACCUGCAAGUAAUAACAAAAAUUGCUGGAAGAACACAGCAGGCCAGCUUAGGCAGCAUCUGUGGAGAGGAACAUCAGACCUGAGAGUAUUGGCAGGCUGAUCUAUCAUGAUGGGGAGUGGGAGGCCAUCAAACCCAUGCCUGGUCUGACACACCCCCCCCCAGCCCCCUCCACCUCACAUAGUCAGUUAGCCCACUGAUGCUUGCUGUUCAGGUUUCGGUAUGAAUAUUAGGCACAGGAGCAGGUUCUGUGGAACUCUAUCCAAGCAUGAGUCACUGCCUUUGAGAAAGAAAGGGUGAAAAGUGGAAAAUGAACGUUGAUUUUUUUUUUCUUUUAAAAACCAAUUUGGCAGCAGGGAAGGAUUUGUUUUUGCUGAUGCCAGCUCGCUGUGCAUUCUGGGAAUCAGGGAAGCCACGUUGGAAGUCACUGGGCAUUAGGGGGCUUGGCACAUUCCGUAAUCAAACUACUUCCUUUGUGCUGUACUUCUCCAGAUUAAUCAAAUGUUUAAAGACUUUAGUUAUACCUGAUAACUUCAGGGAAUAUUUCAAUAUCAAAUAAUUACAAUGGAAAAAAAAAGCUGUUCAAUGUUUGUUUUUUGUUUCCCCUCCAAUAAGAAUUUAUGAACGUUAAUGACUGCGCCAGGCUCGUGUAGCAUGGUAAGGGUACAUACAUCUGGCCCAAUUUCAAGUCACCGACCAUUUAGAUUUAGUGUGUUUGUCCCUGCCAGCCCCCUUACAAUUAGUAUCUGGCUUUAAGGCCCAGGCUGAAAAUCAAACACCGUUAGCAAACUAUGCAAAAAUUAAAAGUGUAUUUUUGUUUUCAAAAAAAAAAUUCAAAUCUACUGAAAUUUUGAACGACUGAUUUGACUUCUGCUGCCGUCACAGAGGCUGAUUUUUUUUUUAAA